AUGCCAGAACCCGAACCGCGCCCUGAGUCACUACAUCGCGAGACGUCGGAAGAUCAGCCGCUGCUGGGGUCCGUGUCAAAUCAAGCCGCAGAUCAUGCCGAAUCCUCACAGCAUGCCCGGGUCAUCAUCUUCUGCACUUUGUGUGUCUUGUUCAUUUCCUGCGCGCUCAACGGCCUGGUAGUCCUCGGUGCUACGCAAAUUUCCCGCGAGUUUGGCUUAAGCCCCGGUGUUGAACUUUGGCCAGUUUUAUUACAUUUCUUUGUUCAAGGCUGUACCCUCUUGCCAGCGGGAUUUUUGACAAACGUCCUGGGCAGCAGGAGAGUUUUUCUGUACGGAUGUACUCUUCAGGCCCUCUGCCACCUUUUUGGUGGGAUGUCCCAAAAUGGGAUGCAUAUUGUCAUUUCCAGAGCCUUGGCUGGCGCCGCCCACUCCAUGUGCUUUGUAUCAGCCAUUAACAUUCAUGCAAAGUACCUCCCAGCCAGAUUACACGACCUGUCUUUCUCUUAUACCCAGAGCAGUCAGUAUCUGGGCACUGCUGUAGGUAUAGCCCUUGGCGGCCUUUUACCCGCGACCUGCGGCUGGCGAUGUAUGUUUUAUACCGCCGCUAUCCUGGGAGCGGCGGUACUAGUGUUGUCCAUCUGGGCAAUCCCCAGACGAGUCGAGACAAAACAUAUCUCCUGGGCUAGAUUCGCCCAAAAUAUUGAUUUGGGUGGAGGCUUACUAGGAAUACUGGUGAUGCUCUUUAUCUUUUACGCAUUGGCUGUCAUCACGAACAAUGUGGCCACACUGAGUAAAUCGUGGCUCUUCGUUCCUCUGGCCCUUGGCUGGGUUCUUCUGGUAGCCUAUCUGUUCUGGCAAGACUGCUGGGAAAGAGAUUGUACGCAAGGCGUACAGGACUCCCCUUGGACCAACAGCCACUUCAUUUCGAUCUGUUUAGUGGUAUUCUUCAUCUAUGCUUCAUCGCAUUCGACGUCACAAUUCAUGGUUCUUGUUUUCCAACGGGCGCAGGGCCUCUCGCUCCACCAAUCCUCAUGGCAAAUGCUACCCAUUCCAGUCAUGGGUACACUCAGCACAGUCUUCGUGGCGAGAUUAUUGCCUCAUAUUCGAAUAAAUACAAUCUUGAUUGUAACUAUUCUGAUUUCCAGUCUUGCCCCACUAUUGAUGGGGAUUCUACCCGUUGACUGGGCGUAUUGGAAGUGCGCAAUUCACGCCGUUUCACUCAACUCGAUUGCAGCCAGCUCGGUGAUUCCAAUUGCUGCGAGAGUGGUGUCAGAAAGUUUUGCUUACAGGACACAAGGCUUUGCAAUGGGGGUACUGUGCACUGUCGCCAUGAUAGGGGCGUCUGUGGGCAUGGCGCUUGCUUCAUUGAUUGCCAAUGACGUGACAGCGAGUAAGCUUCAGAGCAUCGGGGGGCAUGCCAUUCUGGACGGGCCCUCGGGUGCUUGGAUGGCUGGCUAUCGUGCUGCAUUUGGCUUCCUGCUUGUGUUCAACUUGAUUGGUCUGGUAAUCACUGUGACAUGUUUGCGAAGGAUGCGGGUGGGAUAUCUCGGGAGUGCAUCAGCUCAAGGCCCGUGA